AUGGCGCACAUGACCAAUCCCCUCGCGACUGUCGACCAGCUAUACCAACGGACCUCCUUCAGCGCGCUGCCCUCCGACCUCCAAGACGCCAUCUUCUUCGCGACCCAACGUCUAACCCAAGCCGCCGGUAUUCUACUACGGAUCCCCCAGUCCGUCACAGCGCAAGCUAAUGUUAUACUUGCGCGCUACUGGCUCGUCGAAUCGCCCCUAUCCUACGAGUUCAGCGACACAUCCGCCGCGGCGCUCUACCUCGUCGCCAAGCUCGGCGCACACCCGUGUCUACCCCGCGAUGUCUGCAAUGUAUACGCGUACCUCCUAUCUCCGAACUCCGUUCUCUCUAAGGGCGGUAAUGAUGGAGGAGGAGGAGGAGGAGGAGACGUCGACGACAAGGAUAAAGGGGACCCGUCAUCAUACUACCUCUCCGAAAGCGCGUACGCCUCCUUCCGAUCGCGUAUCUUAGCGCUCGAGGCUCGCAUAUUGUACUCCUUAUCCUUCGACACGCAUGUCGCGCUGCCACACCCCUUAGCCAUCACAUACCUACAAGCGCUAGACUUCCUCGGCCUACCUAGAGCUGAGAUCGCGCGACGCGCCGUCGCACAUCUCAACACGGCGCUCUUAUCGCCGCAGCUGCUGUAUCUCACGCACCAGCCGCACGCGCUCGCCGUCGCGGCGAUAUACUCCGCGGCGCGCGACGCCGGGGCCAAGAUGCCGACGUGUGCGUGGUGGGAGGUGUUCGACGUGGACCGCGAGGAGCUCGGGUUUCUGGUUGUAGGCAUGCGCAGCCUCGAGGGCUGGGUGCGGACGCAGCAGGAGGAUGGCGGUGUGCUGACGAGGGGGAUGGUCACGAGGGCCUAUGUGGAGGGGGAGAUGAGGAAGAGGGGGUUAAGGAUUGGGAAUGGGAGUGCUGGGGCUGGUGAGGAUGAGAUGGAAGAUGAGGAGACGGCACUUAUGCGACAGAUGGAUGAGAAGGCGGCGCAACUAGAUGGAUGA